UAGAUAUUUACAACCCCCCCCCUAACCACGCCCCCAAAACAAAGCGCUUCAGAAAAAUGGCGGAAAUGUGAUUUUUGUUCUUUUUAAAAACGUUUGCAUUCUCGAAGAAAACAGAAUAGUUUACCCGUCAAGUAAACAAAAUAUAAUAUUUUUGUUUUGCAAGCAAAAUUAGCGUAUAAGUGUGCUAAUGUGGACUUAAUUGAAUGCGAAGAAGGUUGACGGCAGUUAUUUAAGAAUCUGGCGCGAUUUUAUUAAGUACCGCGAUGCAGUCGGCAGAAACAUCAACGGGGGAGGUGCAGAAAGGACUGGAGUCUCUAGCCGUCGACGCUCCGGAAGAGAAGAAAAUAAGCGAGGGAGCAAGAGACAGAGGAGUGGAGGAGGAGGCAGAGAGAGCAGGGGGAGAAACAACAGAGAAAGAUGAAGAUGAUGAUGAUGAGAUGGAAAGAGAGGGAGACAGAAACGAAGAUGGAGGGAUGGCAGGAGAGGGAGAGAGAGAAGGAGAGGGGGAGGCACUGAAGGAGGGCGACUCAGAAGACUGGUGUUUGCCCUGCAGCGAUGAUGAAAUUUCAGAACCUGCUCACUGGACCCCGCCUGUCACAGAGAUCAGGCGUCUCUACGGGCUACUAGCCACAGGAGGGGUCCUUGAGCUCAAUGUGGAGCUCCUCCCCCGACGACCCCCGACCCCGGAGCCCGACCCCGACCGUAUGAGCGGGGCGAGCGAGGAUUCCGAGGAGGAGCGAGAGAGGAGGGAGCGGGAGGACAGGGAGAGAGAGAGGGCUCCCUCUCCUACAGAGUUUGAUUUUGAUGACGAGGCGCCCCCUGUCACCCCAAAAACAUCUUUCAUCGACCGCAGGAGAACCCCAGGUUCUGUGGGUCGCCCCCAGCGCAGGGAGGCCCGCUUGGACAAGGUUCUGUCGGACAUGAAGAGGCACAAGAAGAUCGAGGAGCACAUCCUGAGAACUGGCCGAGACGUCUUCAAGCAGCAGCAACCAGAAGCAGAACCACAGCCCGGUCACAAGAACCAGGGCCCGGGCAGCGGCACCCCCAAACGAGGGCCCAGCGCCAUCUUCUCACCCCAGCAACGCAAAUACUGAGACUGGACCGGAACCAGAACCGACAUGGGAGCAGAAAGAAGGGCCAGCUGAGAGAAUUCGAAUACUGAGCUUAAGAUUUAAAUCAACACACACACACCUAACAUUAGAGUUAGGGGUAGGGGUAAGUGUUAAGGUUAGGGUUAGAGGUAGGGGUGAGGUUAGUUUGGAUUAGGAUCAUAGAAGAAUCGCAUUAAUUUCACUUUCUAACACUGGAUGCUGUUGAAGAAAGCGUUUGCCCUUUAGAGUGCCAGUGGUGAUGGCACUCCCCGUGACAGCGCUCUCUGGAUCGGAGCUCCUUAUGAACACAGAGCCCACAGGAUGCGUUGCAAGCGCUGUGGUGCCGUGGUGAUGUCACUCCCCGUGACAGCGCUCUCUGGAUCGGAGCUCCUUAUGAACACAGAGCCCACAGGAUGCGUUGUAAGCGCUGAGGUGCCGCGGUCUAGAGAACACGCAGGGGCUCCAAGGGAACGUUUCGUGUGUAUGAUAGAAUGUAGUUCAGUUUUACACUAGCCAGUGUUUCUGCACCAGGUGAAGAGCGCGGCCUGGCUUUCUGCACCUCAGAACUGACCCAAACACCUCCUCCUCACCCCAGCAACUUUAAAACCAGCUCCUACUGAACCAGAACCGACUCAAUCCAGUGUGUGUCGGUCACAAGAUCCACUCAACAAACAAUGAGAAGAGACCGGUGCUUCCGUGAUCUCUCUCACACACACACACAGAGACACAGAGACACAAGAUGAACUGCAACAACAAUAGAGUCUAUGGGUGUUUUUUUUUUUUUUUUGACGUGUAAAUAAUUUCAAAGUUGAUCCUUUUUUCAUUUUUGAAAUAUUAAAAUAUUUUACAAAACAAAA